AUGGCGGCGCACCUGAGCUCGGGGCGCGUCAACCUGACGGCGCUGCGCGAGGCGGGGCGCAGGGAGCUCCGCCAGUUCCUCGACAAGUGCGCGGGCUCCAAGGCGAUCGUGUGGGACGAGUACCUGACCGGGCCCUUCGGGCUGAUCGCGCAGUACUCGCUCCUGAAGGAACAUGAGGUGGAAAAGAUGGUCACGCUCAAGCCGGGCCGCCUGCCCCAGGCUGACGUCAAGAACGUCAUCUUCUUCGUCAGGCCCAAGCUAGAGCUGAUGGACAUCAUUACGGACAACGUGCUCAGGGAAGACAGAGGCCGCUCUCCCCAGAGGGAUUUCCACAUCCUCUUCGUGCCGCGCCGCAGCUUGCUCUGCGAGCAGUGGCUGAAGGAGCAGGGCGUGCUGGGGUCCUUCAUCCACCGAGAGCAGUACAGCCUGGACCUCAUACCCGUCGAUGGAGACCUGCUGUCCAUGGAGUCUGAGAGCGCAUUCAAGGAAUGUUACCUGGAGAGCGACCAGACAAGUCUGUACCAUGCGGCAAAGGGGCUGAUGACACUGCAGGCUCUCUACGGAACCAUCCCGCAGAUUUUUGGGAAGGGCGAGUGUGCCCGGCACGUGGCUAAUAUGAUGAUCAGGAUGAAGCGCGAGUUCCCCGGAAGCCAGAAUUCGAUAUUUCCCGUCUUUGAUACCCUCUUGUUGCUGGAUCGCAACGUUGAUCUGCUGACGCCGUUAGCUACGCAGCUGACGUACGAAGGGCUGAUAGAUGAAAUCUAUGGAAUUCAGAACACUUAUGUGAAACUCCCUCCUGAGAAGUUUGCCCCGAAGAAGCAGGGUGAGGGUGGGAAAGAUCUCCCCACAGAACCCAAGAAGCUCCAGCUGAACUCUGCUGAAGAGCUGUACGCUGAAAUCCGAGACAAGAACUUCAAUGCUGUGGGGUCAGUGCUGAGCAAGAAAGCCAAGAUCAUCUCAGCAGCCUUUGAGGAAAGACACCACGCAAAAACUGUUGGAGAGAUUAAGCAGUUUGUCUCACAGUUGCCACACAUGCAGGCAGCAAGAAGUUCUCUAGCAAACCACACCUCCAUUGCAGAACUCAUCAAAGACAUCACCACAUCUGAAGAUUUCUUUGAUAAUUUAACAGUGGAACAAGAGUUCAUGUCUGGAAUAGACACAGACAAGGCUAACAAUUAUAUUGAAGACUGCAUAGCUCAAAAACAUCCAUUAAUCAAGAUCUUGCGUCUCGUUUGCUUGCAAUCUGUAUGCAAUAGUGGACUGAAGCAGAAGGUUCUGGACCAUUACAAAAGAGAGAUUCUCCAGACUUACGGCUAUGAACAUAUAUUGACCUUAAACAACUUAGAAAAGGCUGGACUCCUGAAACUUCAGACAAGCGGUAGGAAUAACUACCCAACAAUCAGGAAAACCCUGCGCUUAUGGAUGGAUGAUGUUAAUGAACAGAACCCCAACGAUAUCUCCUACGUGUACAGUGGCUACGCUCCGCUGAGCGUACGUCUGGCACAGCUACUGGCUCGGCCAGGGUGGCGGAGCAUAGAGGAGGUUUUAAAGAUGCUGCCGGGUCCCCAUUUUGAGGAGAGGCAGCAGUUACCUACUGGCCUUCAAAAAAAGCGUCAACACGGUGAGAACCGAGUCACUCUGGUGUUCUUCCUGGGAGGUGUAACAUACGCAGAAAUUGCUGCACUAAGAUUUCUGUCCCAAAUGGAAGAUGGAGGCACAGAGUACGUCAUUGCCACUACAAAACUGAUCAAUGGAACAAGCUGGAUCAAAUCCUUGAUGGAAAAACUGGAGCCUGCCCCUUUCUAGGGUCUGUGGCAAGAGACAGUAAAAGUGAGAGGCCCUGUGUGACACAGGCACGUCAGCUUCUGGUCUUCUGGCAUGGCUGCUUGAACGUCAGAGAAACACAACAGUGAAAGCAGCUCUCCUGAGACCAGCUCAUGAUGCAGUUACCCUCAUCCCUCUCUGCACUUGUGUUCCUACUGUUUGUGGAACUGCCUAGUAGACAAGCAGUGCUGAAAGGCACUAACAAUGAAAUAAACAAUGGGAGAAAGAGAGAGCCCUGCUCCUGGUCUGAAUUGGCAAACAAGCGUUGGGGGAGCGGGGAUUUGCCCUGGUCCUUCUAUUUGCCAAAUUGCUUCUUUUUUUUUCUUUCAGUUUAGUUCUAGUGGGAGAUGUGAUUACUUCUUUUUACCCUCUUAAAGGUAAAAGGUGCUGAGGAGGCAGGAUGGUUUCUGUUCCUGAUUUCAUACCAAUAUUCCCAGUCUGUCUUUCUCUCUCUGGUGCCUGCUAUAUUCCAUCAAUGUACUGGAUCUGUUUCUGUCAGAGGUCUGUACUCGGCUGUACCCAGGGUUCAGUUUCCUGCUCAUCUUUCUGAUGAAAGCCAAGGAACUUGUGCUUCCCCCAGCUUCAGCACAUUCGCAUCAACAGCCAGCAGCAAGGGCCAGGCCACAGUAGCUAAAUUUUCUCGCAUCCUUGGAAGCUGAUUGUACAAUGGAAAGAGAACUGCUGUAAAGGGGAAGCAGUAACUUUUUUACUGCAUAGAUUUAGAAACUUCAUGGCUCUCAGGCAUCCAGAAUGAUGCACCUGCAGGACCUGCUUAGCCUGCGCUGUACUGUAACAAGCUGUCUGUUAGGGUUAGUUGCCUGUAGGCCACACUCAAGUCUGCUGUCCUGCACGCUUUGGCCAAGGCAUUCAUUGGGUUUCCUGCAGCAACAGCUAAACCUUGAACUAUCCACAUGCAUGUCGACAGCACUGACUAGGAAUACAACCAACUGCACCCAAAUUACAAGGGAGAUGCUUGAGCCUUUUACUUCAAUUGCCCUCUGAAGGGAUCGGUGUGAGGUGGCUUGUUUGUCCUGGGUACACCCGCCUGACUCUGGAAAGCUACUCCGGAUCAUGAAUGACAUCAGUGUGUCAAGAGCUUAUGUCUGAAGACACACAGACACUCCCCGCAUGGGCCUCAGGCCAAAAAUAGCUACGUCAGUGACCCAGUAAACAGCGGGCUUAAAACAGACACUUUUUUCACCCCCCCGUUCAGUUUAUAAAUUGUGGUACUUGCUGCCACAAGCUGUUGUAGAGCUCAAAAUUAUAAAAUGGAAUUUUCCAUGGUCUUGGUGGCUGGGCCCUUGGUGUUGCUGAGCCAGUGUGUGCAAGAGGCAGCUUCUGGCUCCAGGAGAGACAGCCUUGCUAAUUGCUAGAGGCUGGGAAGGCAGACCAGGGGUCUUUGCUUAUGCCUGUGCAGCUGACCACUGCCAGAGCCUGUGCCGCUGCGCCUCAGCCCUGUCACUGUCACUAUACUCACGUGCUUCAACAGCAACCAGUGAGGACUCCGUUUCACACUGCAUUUCACUCUUAAACAGUUAAAAACAACUAAAAAACCACCCCACACCUUAAAUCACUCUCUUAGCAAACAUUUCUGCUCUUAGUUAUCCUGCAUAAUGCAUAAUAUGUCCCAAAACCCCCUUCAUUUUUCCAAGUCGUUACAGUUAUUACUGUGGGUUUCGGUCUGUUGUUUUGUUCUGUAAGAUCGAGUUCUGGCACAUCAGCCCCUUCACAGAGCCCCUCUGUCUGUUUAACUCCCGUUGGCUUAUUAGAAUAAAACAAAAAUGUAUUUGA